UGUGGUACAUGAAGUCAUAAGUAUUCAAAAACGGCCAAAAUAGGCUCAGACCCCAGAGGGUUAAAAUAAACAAAAGCUUUAUAUUCGACACCGUUUUGUUACUUAAACAUAUAUUUCAGCUCAAACUGAUAAAAGGGUAAUUAUGUUUUAAGAUAAUGCAGCUAGGUUUUUUUUUUUUUAUUUACUUUGCAACAGUGAAGCGGAACCUUUCUCACUCAACAUGCCACUCCGGAGCUUUUUCCGCCGUGGACCAUACAUUCUUAGCUCCCAACAAGGCGGACGGUGUUGAACUUUUUGUCUGAAUAUCUGUCAGUGUGACCUGGUGGAUCCAGCUCGACAUGUCGGACACUUGGAGCAACAUCCAGGCGCACAAGAAGCAGCUGGACUCGCUGCGGGAGAGACUGCAGCGGCGGCGGAAGGACCCGGCGCAGCUGUCCGCAGACGGUGGAAGCAGCACCGAAGGUUCGACCACGAGGAGCGACAGCCCGGCUCCGUCCGCCCCGCUGCCCUCUCAGGAGGAGACGGAGAAACCUCCAGACCCCGAGCUGGAGAAGAGGCUGCUGGGAUACCUGUCUGACCUCAGCCUGUCACUGCCCACAGACUCCCUCACCAUCACCAACGACCUCAGCUGUGAAUCAUCCGUCAGCCACGGCUGCAUCCAGAGUCUGCUGCUGAAGUUCUCUGCUCAGGAGCUGAUCGAGGUGCGGCAGCCCUCCUCGGCCUCCUCCUCUACGGCCCCCUCCCCCUCCAUCGUGGUGGCGGUGGACCACACGAAGCUGUGGGCCAUGAUCGGGGCCGGGGCCGGGGCCGGGGCCCAGCGGGCCGGGGUCAAGAGGAAGGCAGAAGAGCAGAGCAGCCUGAAGAGAGCUGCAGGGUUCUCCCCCUCGCUGCAGAGAGCUGCUUCUCCUCCUCACGCUGCCUUCUCCUCCCUGACGCCGGCCUCCUCCACCCAGCUGGCGGGGCCCUCGGCGUCGGGCAGCGGGGCCGAGAAGAAGGGCCGCAGCAGCAAGGGCCAGUCGUCUCACCUGGACAUGGAGAUAGAGAGCCUCCUGAACCAGCAGUCCACCAAGGAGCAGCAGAGCAAGAAGGUGAGCAGAGAGAUCCUGGAGCUGCUGAACGCCAGCACGGCCAAGGAGCAGUCCAUCGUGGAGAAGUUCAGGUCCCGCGGCCGAGCUCAGGUCCAGGAGUUCUGCGACCACGGGACCAAAGAGGAGUGUGUGCGCUCCGGGGACACGCCGCAGCCCUGCACCAAGCUGCACUUCCGUCGCAUCAUCAACAAGCACACUGAUGAGAGCCUGGGGGACUGCAGCUUCCUCAACACCUGUUUCCACAUGGACACCUGCAAAUACGUCCACUAUGAGAUCGACAGCCCUCCGGAGGCCGAGGGCAGCCUGCUGCCCCAGGCCGGCGCCGCAGAGCUCGGCCUGCACGCCGAGGACGGAGACAGCAACGUGGGCAAACUGUUUCCUUCACAGUGGAUCUGCUGCGACAUCCGUUACCUGGACGUGUCCAUCCUGGGGAAGUUUGCGGUGGUGAUGGCCGACCCUCCGUGGGACAUCCACAUGGAGCUGCCUUAUGGGACGCUGACUGACGACGAGAUGAGGAAACUCAACAUCCCCAUCCUGCAGGACGACGGCUUCCUCUUCCUCUGGGUCACCGGCAGGGCCAUGGAGCUGGGCAGAGAGUGUCUCAGUCUCUGGGGAUAUGAUCGAGUUGAUGAAAUAAUUUGGGUGAAAACCAACCAGCUCCAGAGAAUUAUCCGCACAGGAAGGACCGGUCACUGGCUGAACCACGGCAAGGAGCACUGUCUGGUCGGUGUGAAGGGAAAUCCUCAGGGAUUCAACCGAGGGCUGGACUGUGACGUCAUCGUGGCCGAGGUCCGCUCCACCAGCCACAAACCAGACGAGAUCUACGGGAUGAUAGAGAGGCUGUCUCCAGGCACCAGGAAGAUCGAGCUGUUCGGUCGACCCCACAACGUCCAGCCCAACUGGGUGACUCUGGGGAACCAGCUGGACGGGAUCCACCUCCUGGAUCCGGACGUGGUCGCUCGCUUUAAGAGCCGUUAUCCCGACGGCGUCAUAUCCAAACCUAAAAACAUGCAGUGAAGACUUUGUGUGCUCGCAGGUUUGGAAGAAGUUUGUCUAUAAACUGUUUCUUCUUUUUUUUUAAAGGUUUUUUUUAUACCUCUGAACUUAUUUUUUAAAUAAAAUGUUGUCAACAUGAUAUAUUGUCUGUGCCUUGUUCAAAAGUAAUAAUCUCGAAGAUUUUUUUUUAUUGAAAUAAAUGUUUGUUAAGUCUC